GCGCGGCCGGAGCCAUGGACUGCAGCCUCGUGCGGACGCUCGUGCACAGAUACUGCGCGGGGGAGGAGAACUGUGUGGACAGUCGCACCAUCUACGUGGGCCACCGGGAGCCCCCGCCUGGCGCCGAGGCCUACAUCCCGCAGAGACACCCGGACAACAGGAUCGUGUCCUCCAAGUACACCUUCUGGAACUUCAUCCCCAAGAACCUGUUCGAGCAGUUCAGGAGAGUCGCCAACUUCUACUUCCUCAUCAUCUUCCUGGUCCAGCUGAUUAUUGACACACCUACGAGCCCGGUGACCAGUGGACUGCCCCUGUUCUUUGUCAUCACUGUCACAGCGAUCAAACAGGGCUAUGAGGACUGGCUACGCCACAAAGCAGACAACGCCAUGAACCAGUGCCCCGUCCACUUCGUCCAGCACGGCAAGCUCGUUCGGAAGCAGAGUCGGAAGCUGCGGGUGGGGGACAUCGUCAUGGUCAAGGAGGACGAGACCUUCCCCUGUGAUCUGAUCUUCCUGUCCAGCAACCGGCCAGACGGGACAUGCCACGUGACAACCGCCAGCCUCGACGGGGAGUCGAGCCACAAAACCCACUACGCGGUCCAGGACACCAAGGGCUUCCACACGGAGGAGGACGUGGAUCGGCUCCACGCCACAAUCGAGUGUGAGCAGCCGCAGCCAGACCUCUACAAGUUUGUCGGCCGCAUCAACGUGUACAGUGACCUCAGCGACCCCGUGGUGAGGCCGCUAGGAUCCGAAAACCUGCUUCUCAGAGGAGCCACGCUAAAGAACACUGAGAGGAUCUUUGGUGUCGCUAUUUACACGGGCAUGGAGACCAAGAUGGCGCUGAACUACCAGUCCAAGUCCCAGAAGCGGUCUGCGGUGGAAAAGUCCAUGAACGUGUUCCUGGUCGUGUACCUCUGCAUCCUGGUCAGCAAGGCCCUGGUCAACACGGCCCUGAAGUACGUGUGGCAGAGCGAGCCCUUCCGAGACGAGCCGUGGUACAACCAGAAGACAGACGCAGAGCGGCAGCGGAAUCUGUUCCUCAGGGCCUUCACCGACUUCCUGGCCUUCAUGGUUCUGUUCAACUACAUCAUCCCUGUGUCCAUGUACGUCACCGUCGAGAUGCAGAAGUUCCUGGGCUCCUACUUCAUCACGUGGGACGAGGACAUGUUUGACGAGGAGACCGGAGAGGGGCCCCUGGUCAACACGUCGGACCUGAACGAGGAGCUGGGCCAGGUGGAGUACGUGUUCACGGACAAGACGGGCACGCUCACGGAGAACAACAUGGAGUUCAAGGAGUGCUGCAUCGGCGGCCACGUCUACGUGCCGCACGUCAUCUGCAACGGGCAGGUGCUCCCCGACUCCUCGGGCAUCGACAUGAUCGACUCGUCCCCGGGCGUCAGCGGCAGGGACCACGAGGAGCUGUUUUUCCGGGCUCUCUGUCUCUGUCACACCGUCCAAGUGAAAGAUGAAGACCACGUGGAUGGCCCCAGGAAGUCGCCUGACUCGGGAAGGUCCUGUGUGUACAUCUCGUCCUCCCCCGACGAGGUGGCACUUGUCGAAGGUGUCCAGAGGCUGGGCUUCACGUUCCUGCGGCUGAAGGACAGCUACAUGGAGAUCCUGAACCGGGAGAACGACGUCGAGAGGUUCGAAUUGCUGGAGGUUCUGAGUUUCGACUCGGUGCGGAGGAGAAUGAGUGUCAUCGUGAAGUCUGUGACAGGGGACAUCUAUCUGUUCUGCAAAGGUGCCGACUCCUCCAUCUUCCCCAGAGUGGCCGAGGGCAAAGUGGACCAGAUUCGGGCCCGCGUGGAGCGCAAUGCCGUGGAGGGGCUCCGGACCUUGUGUGUGGCCUAUAAACGGCUGGACCCGGGCGAGUACGAGGGCGUCUGUAAGCUGCUGCAGGCCGCCAAGGUGGCGCUCCAGGACCGAGAGAAGAAGCUGGCGGAAGCCUACGAGCAGAUCGAGCGGGAUCUGAUUCUGCUGGGUGCCACGGCCGUUGAGGACCGGCUCCAGGAGAGGGCCGCGGACACCAUCGAGGCGCUGCAGAAAGCCGGGAUCAAGGUCUGGGUCCUCACCGGGGACAAGAUGGAGACGGCCGCGGCCACCUGCUACGCCUAGUUCCGGGGCGGCACGCAGCUGCUGGAGCUCACCACCAAGAGGCUGGAGGAGCAGAGCCUGCAUGAUGUCCUGUUCGAGCUGAGCAAGACCGUCCUGCGCCACAGCGGGAGCCUCGCCAGGGACAACUCGGGGCUCUCGGCAGACCUGCAGGACUACGGCCUGAUCAUCGACGGAGCUGCGCUGUCUUUGGUCAUGAAGCCCCGUGAGGACGGGAGUUCCGGCAACUACCGCGAGCUCUUCCUGGACAUCUGCAGGAACUGCAGCGCCGUGCUGUGCUGCCGGAUGGCGCCCCUGCAGAAGGCCCAGAUUGUUAAAUUGAUCAAGUUUUCAAAAGAGCACCCUAUUACGCUGGCCAUCGGCGAUGGUGCGAAUGACGUCAGCAUGAUCCUGGAGGCCCACGUAGGCAUAGGCGUGAUCGGGAAGGAGGGCCGCCAGGCUGCGAGGAACAGCGACUACGCGGUCCCCAAGUUCAAGCAUUUGAAGAAGAUGCUGCUGGUGCACGGGCACUUCUACUACAUCCGCAUCUCCGAGCUGGUGCAGUACUUCUUCUACAAGAACGUCUGCUUCAUUUUCCCUCAGUUUCUCUACCAGUUCUUCUGUGGCUUCUCACAGCAGACGCUGUACGACACAGCGUACCUGACGCUCUACAACAUCAGCUUCACGUCCCUGCCCAUCCUCCUCUACAGCCUGAUGGAGCAGCACGUCAGCAUCGACGUGCUCAAGAGGGACCCGUCGCUGUACAGGGACAUCGCCAAGAACGCACUGCUCCGCUGGAGGGUGUUCGUUUACUGGACCUUCCUGGGGGUGUUCGACGCACUUGUGUUCUUCUUUGGUGCUUACUUCAUGUUUGAGAACACAGCUGUGACCAGCAACGGACAGAUUUUUGGAAACUGGACCUUCGGGACGCUGGUGUUCACUGUGAUGGUAUUUACGGUCACGUUCAAGCUGGCGCUGGACACGCAGUACUGGACGUGGAUCAACCACUUCGUCAUCUGGGGCUCGCUGCUCUUCUACGUCGUCUUCUCCCUGCUCUGGGGCGGCGCCAUCUGGCCGUUCCUCAACUACCAGCGCAUGUACUACGUGUUCCUGCACAUGCUGAGCAGCGGGCCCGCCUGGCUGGCCAUCGUCCUGCUCAUCACGGUGGCCCUCCUGCCCGACGUCCUCAAAAAAGUUCUGUGUCGGCAGCUGUGGCCCACGGCCACGGAGCGGACCCAGAAAGCGUGCGCACAGCCUGGGGACCACGCUGCAGAGCCCACCUCCCUGGCCUCUCUGCGAGGGCCAGGCUGUCAGAGCCACCAGCCCCUGGCCGCCCGGCGCGGCCGCACCCCUAAGAAGCUGACAAGCGUGUGCUGGAAGAGCGAGGAGCGCGCGCUGCUCCCGCCGCUCCUGGGGCUUUCCUACGAUGGCUGCCGGCCCAGCGUGCGCAGCAGCCGCCACCGAGGGGCCGGUCUGGAGACCCCCGUGUGAGGAUGGCCCGCCCUGCAGAGCCGCACUCUGAGUCCCAUCAGCCGGUCCUGAUACGGCGAGGCCGAGCCCGGCCCGAGCACACGGGCAUGACGUGGACGGAGCACUGCAGUGCCACUUGUCCCCAGGCCCAGUGGUGCUGCACCUGCUGGACUGAGGAAGGACACUCUGCUUGGCCUGCCUGCGCCCACCCCCAGGUCGGCACCCCCGAGGUUGUCACCACUCGCUGUCCACCAAGAGCAGGGCCUUAUGGUGGCUGCACCCUGCCUGUGCCCAGGCCCAGGCCCGUGCCUGCGUUACCCAGGUUGUCCUGUCGGCUGGUCUCAGAGAAGAGCCGUGUGGUGGCCCACACCGUCCACAGCAGAAGUCGCCUGCCCACUGUGAACUGAGGUGUGGUUGUCUCUGGUCUUCCUCAAGGAUCCCAAGUUCCCCUCUGGCUGAGGCCACGUCCAGCCCUCGGGUCACAGGGACACGUCCACACUCGUGGCCUGGCCUUGUCCUACCUGCCCUCUCUCGGGCAUGGGCAUUUCCUGCAGGCUGAGUCUGUUUGCUGAGGAGACGCUGACCCUGGAUGUCGAGGCUCUGGGGUUUGGGGCCCCUUCCCUACCACCGGCUGCUUCUGCAGAGGAGGAAGUCCCACGUGACAGGAGGAGGUGACACUGGUCGCACCUCCCAGCAGAAGCGCUGGGACACUGAGGUGCCUGAGUGUUUCUAUUUCACGGGUUAGGGCAGGGGCACCAGGGGUACCAGGGGCGCCAGGGCAGGUACUUGGCUGUGCUAGUCGGACCCCAGCUGUCCCCAGUGAAAGGCAGCCACUGGGUCGUGGCCAUCGUCCGAGUGAGCUGUAUCAGACAGCUGUCCAUCUUCCAGCGCUCACGGCAGCGGGCCCUGCGGCCUGCUCUGCACCUCCCUGGGCUUGUCCCCUCCUGUCACUGGUGUUUGCCGGGGCAGGCCCAUGAGGCUCCGUGGCGUGACUCUCUGCUCCCUGCGCAGCGUCUCUGCUUCGGAACUAAUCUGUCGACGUGGCCUUAAUGGUCCGGAGAGAAGACGCUUCAGUUUGACAUUCCAACGUCACACGACACUGAUGCCUUCUGAGGAAAGUGUCGGGCAGGCGUCGAGGCCCGUGGGCACCCGGCCCGCAUGGUCACCGAGGCUCCUCUGGGGUGCCUGACGGUACACAGUGUUGGGCUAUCAGAUGCACAGUCUGUCUCACCGUGAGAUCAAUGAACGUGAGCGGCAGACACGGCGGGCAGCGUCCACGUGAGAGUGACCCAUACCAAAGAUGAGGGGACCUGUGUCGGCACCACGCAGACCGGCGCAGGAGGGCAGCUCCGGACAUGCCCGCCUGCCCUGCCCUGUCCCGCAGCGCCGCCUCGGUCUGCGCCUGGCAGCCCAUCCUCCUCGCCAGCCCCGCGGACGGCGGCGUGUGCGUGUUUCCAGCCCUUUCCAGGGGCCCACUCCCUACUCCGUGCACCUGUAGGGGACAGGUUCUCCGUGUGUUUAGUUAACAAAUUAUUUGUAAUGUAUUUUUUUAGGAAUCUUAAAAUUGCCUUUGCACUGAAGUAUUUUCAUAGCUGUUUAUAUCUCUUUUAUUCAUUUAUUUGUUAACAUAUUUUUAAACUAUGUUUUUAAAGCUUUCACUUUUUAAGUUUAAGAAAUUUUGGCCACUUUGCAUUUAAAUUCCGAUGAGAAUUUUGACCGAAUGUUUCAAUAUCUGAUGAAUGUGAAUUUCCUGAUUUGC